AUCUAAGGUGUACCGUGAUCACAGAAAUACAAUAACAUGGCGAAGCAUAAAUAAUAGUGCCAGUGCAACUUUUGCUAGAUUUGGCGACACAGGAUUUUUGAACGUUAAAAACCAAAAGCAAACUGAUGAUGGCAGAUGGAAAGGAACCUCUUGAUAAAGCAGGAGAAAAGACUGGUGGGGCCAGGGCAGGAGCUGGAGAAGGCAUCCGGAGUAUAAGAUCGACAUCAUUAUUCAGAGCAGUCAAUUUUGAACUGUAUGCGAAACCUAACAAAUGGGUUAUGGGAUUCGGUCUUGCUGCCCUUACCAGCUGCGUGGUGUACAUCGCUUAUCUCAAUGCACAGAAGGAGAACCAGAGAGACAGGGACAUGUAUGAACAAUACCGAGCUGACGGCACGACGAUAAUGAGACCAAGAAAUUCCAAAUGGGACUGAGAUAUAUAUAUAUAUGCUUUAAUAUAUAUGCUUUAAUUUUACUAAGAGGGGAUGAGGACAGGUCAGUUGACUGUGUGAUUUUGGAACUGUCAACUCUUUGGAAGAUCUAGGAGAAUUAGCUAGUAUUGAAGAUUCCGAAUCUUGAACUUUUUCUUGGUCAUGUGGAUUCAUUUUCACCAAACGUUGACAACCUAACAAAGCAAAGCCUAUCCUAGCUGCUGGGCAGUAUCCUGCACUAGUUCCCUGUUUGUUGGUGUUAUGUAUCCAUGAUGACUAAUAUACAGGUAACUAUGCAAAGUUGACUCUGUUUGGAAUUACAAAUUUGUUUGAUUUGGGAAAUUUUAGAGGUAACAGUGCUUGCCAUAUAAAAAUGUGUGUAUAUGUAUAUAUAAAAGAAUAUGUGGUAUUUGGCUUAAAAACUUACUCAGACAAAUGUAGAAGGAUGAAUAAGUUAAAGGUUGUUAAAGGCAUAUGACCUUGAGUGCCCCAUUCCAGAGGUCCUCUUCUGUGAAAUGUAUGUACCCUCUGGAAAAGUCCUGUGGUAUAUGAAAUUUAAGGCUUUUUCAAUUAUUACUAGUUUUGUGACUCCAGCUACUUUGGAGUUCACUGCACUUGCAUAAAUCCAAGUGGUGACCCUUGGGUACUGCUGGGGGGAGGGGGUGAACUAUUGUUUCACCCCCCCCCCUGAGCAGUAUGUCGUCAUUGGUUUACUGCAUUCAUCUAUCAAAGGCACAAUAUAUGUGAACAGAUAGAAUUUAGAGGUGAUCAUAAGGGUAUUAAUAAUAAUGAUACCUGUGUACCCCAGAUGUAUUAGGAAAAAAAAGUUGAUUCCUCUCAUGUGUCAAAGUCAAGUCUAUGAUUAUCCUCAGAUGUGCAUACAUAAUGACAAUGCAGUUCAAAAUAAUAUGAUAAGAUGCAGUGAUGAUGGGUGAUUUCAAGUUCAGUGUUGACAUUUUGGAGUUGGUGUUGGGUCAAUUUUUACAUGAUUAUAACACAAAACAUAAAAUGAAGGUGGUCCCGAAAAUUCACUCACUAGUUGUUGUGAUGUCAGUAAUGUGAUCUAGAUCAGUUUUACAAACUCAUAGCAAGUUUUGGAGCUAGGGGAAGUAAUCCAAAUUCCAACACCAACACUAACACCAAGGCCAACACCGGACUUGAAAUCACCCAAUGUGUUGGCAGGUUUGAUUAAGGUGCAUAGUGAUCUUUAAUUGAUUAUUGCAUCAUGAAUCUUAGAUAUGGUUCAAUUUAAAACAACCUGGCAAAAAUUUACAAAUGAAUUUAUAUUAUUCGGUAAUUAUUCUCAUACAUGUACCAUUGACUGAGUUAAUCACUAUGUUGGACAUAAUAUUAUUGAGUACCUGUUGUCAACUUUUUCCUCACAAACAAGAUAUUCCAAUCCAUAAGUAGAUUUAAAAUAUGUAUAUAAUUUUUAAUAAAACAAUAAAAAUGAAAUAAGACAAAGUA